GGACGCAGUCUAACGCCCCAGUGCUCGUACCCGGCUCUGAGCCAGACGUGGACAAGUACGAACCCGCAGAGGCUCUGCCUCCAAGCUCCGCACGACUGACCAGCCGCUUCCCUCAAGUUUGGGGUUCCCAUCCACAGGGCCUUCCCAGGGUCUCCAGAGGCGCAGGAGGCACCGACCGAGCCCCGGGAAAGACCGACCGCACCCGGCACCCCGGGGGAGCCCGCGCCCAGCCCCCGGGCCGCGCCCGCUGCUGAGCAUCCGCACCCUGGCGGCCGCCCCAUUGGCCGGCGCCAGCUCUGCAGGGCUGCCCCGCAGCCAAUCGCGACCGGGGGGCGGAGCUGCGGGCUCGCCGGAUGCUCGGAGCUGCUGCUGUUCGCCGGGCCUCCUGUCCUAGCUGCCCGCCUCCCGCGGGGACCCUGAGAGGCGAGGCUGGCCAUGCAGGAGCCGCUGCUGGGGGCUGAGGGCCCGGACUACGACACCUUCCCCGAGAAGCCGUCCCCAUCGCCGGGGGAGAGGAAGCGGGUCGGGGCCCUGCAGAACAAGAGGGUGUUCCUGGCUACCUUCGCUGCGGUGCUGGGCAACUUCAGCUUCGGAUAUGCCCUGGUCUACACGUCCCCCGUCAUCCCAGCUCUGGAGCACUCCUUGGAUCCCGACCUGAGUCUGACCCAACUCCAGGCAUCAUGGUUCGGGGUGUACGUGUCUGAGAUUGCUCCUCCAAACGUUCGUGGGGCCCUGGGAGCCACACCCCAGCUCAUGGCAGUGUUUGGAUCGCUGUCCCUCUACGCCUUUGGCCUCCUGCUGCCGUGGCGCUGGCUGGCUGUGGCCGGGGAGGGUCCUGUGCUCGUCAUGGUCCUGCUGCUCAGCUUCAUGCCCAAUUCGCCUCGCUUCCUGCUCUCAAGAGGCAGGGACUCAGAGGCGCUUGGGGCACUAGCCUGGCUGCGCGGGGCCGACACCGACAUCCGCUGGGAGUUUGAGCAGAUCCAGGACAAUGUCCGGAGACAGAGCAGCCAAAUGUCGUGGGCUGAGGCCCGGGACCCCCACAUGUACCGGCCCAUCAUCAUCGCCUUGCUGAUGCGCUUCCUGCAGCAACUGACAGGCAUCACACCCAUCCUUGUCUACUUGCAGCCCAUCUUUGAAAGCACGGCCAUCCUGCUGCCCCCUAAGGAUGAUGCGGCCAUUGUGGGGGCAGUGAGGCUCCUGUCUGUACUGAUGGCCGCCCUUACAAUGGACCUGGCUGGCCGCAAGGUUCUGCUCUUCAUCUCAGCAGCCAUCAUGUUUGCUGCCAACCUGACGCUGGGGCUGUACGUCCACUUCAGUCCGAAGCCCCUGACCCCUAACAGCACUGUGGGCCUGGAGAGUGUGCUCUUGGGGGGCACAGGGCAGCCCCUGGCCACGCCCACCAGCUACCUCACCCUGGUGCCCCUGCUGGCCACCAUGCUCUUCAUCAUGGGCUAUGCCAUGGGCUGGGGGCCCAUCACCUGGCUCCUCAUGUCGGAGAUCCUCCCCCUUCGAGCCCGCGGCGUGGCUUCAGGGCUGUGCGUGCUCAUCAGCUGGCUCACCGCCUUUGCCCUCACCAAGUCCUUCCUGCUGGUGGUGAACGCCUUUGGCCUCCAGGUGCCCUUCUUCUUCUUUGCCGCCAUCUGCUUGGCGAACCUGGUGUUCACCGGCUGCUGCGUGCCUGAGACCAAGGGCCGGUCACUGGAGCAGAUUGAGUCCUUCUUCCGCACUGGGAGGAGGUCCUUCCUACACUAGGUCAGGGUGCCCACCAGGGAGAGGCCAGCCACUGGGCAGCCGGGCCUCUGCACUGGCCACAAACUACACCCAAGUCCAGGAGGCAGCAGCAAUAUGUCACCUGCUGAGCACAGGACAGGCCCCCAGGACAACAUGCUGGCUCUGGGCCGGCAGCACUGCUGACCAGCCCUGGCCUCGGCUGCGGCAUCAUACUCAUCAGCCAAGACCCACCGGCACGGGCUACAGGAGGCAUGUGGCCCAGCAGCCCGCACAAGGCUCUGCCAGGCACCCUUGGGCCUAGUCCCUUGCUCACACAUAGAGGAUGUCUCCUCAGAGGACUGUGAUGAGCAGACAGGGCUGGGGUGGGGGAGUGGCUCUGCACAGGGUCACCAUCAUGUCAUCCUGUUCUGAUCACUCAGCCACCACUGGGCACCUGGGCUAUGAGGAGGAAGGUGUGCACCUGAGAGGGCUUGUGUGUGCCACAGGGAACAUUCUAGACUCCCACAGACCAGGACCCAGGACCCAACAGACUUGCUGUCUGCAAACCAUGUUCACCCUACUUGUAAAAUAAAGAAAUUGGGCCUCUGGCCCUGGAGA